AGUCAAUUGUAUGUAUUGGGAGAAACGAUAUCCACGAUUGUUGAGUACCAAGCAGCUGCAAGAUCUUAUGUGUAGAGGAUGUCCACUUAUUGGAAUUUCUGAUAUAACUUGUGACGUUGGAGGGUCAAUAGAGUUUGUUAACCAAACUGCGUUAAUUGAUUCACCUUUCUUCAGGUAAUAUAUUGAUGAUUCAUGUUAAAUAAUGCCUAUCUCCAUUGAUAUCUUUUUUUAAGAAUGUUUUUCCUUGAAUAAUGUUUUGUUGAUGGCCUUCCAUUGUAUUCUGCAUAUCGCAUUAACUCGAAACCCAAACUUGCAGAUAAUUGUCUAUCAGGGACAUUGUAAAUGUUGCACCAAUUUUGGUAGCCAUUUAAUGAGCUGAAUCUGUCUGAUUUUCUUAAAUGCGAACUAGCCAUCGUUGGUCCCACAAAUGGGAAGGGUGGCUGGAGACCGAUCUGUGUUUGGCUUGGCUUGGUUUUUUUGCUUGCUAAGCAUUCAUUUUGAGUUUUCUUUUUAUUUUUUUAUAACUUUCUGAAUAUUGCUUCUAGAUAUGAUCCUUUCGAUAAUUCAUAUCAUAAUAACAUGGAGGGUGAUGGCGUGAUAUGUUCAGCUGUUGACAUUCUCCCCACUGAAUUUGCAAAAGAGGCAUCCCAACAUUUUGGAGAUAUUCUAUCCCACUUUAUCGGAAGCUUAGCUUCUCUGAAAGACACUGAUGGAUUACCUGCUCACUUAGAACGAGCCUGUAUAGCUCAUGACGGAGCACUUACUUCCUUGUAUGCAUAUAUUCCUCGAAUGCGAAACUCUGAUCUAGAAGAUAUAUCAGAAAAUCUUGCAAAUUCCAACAUUAAUAAGAAGGAAUACACUAUUUUGGUAUCUCUAAGUGGUCAUUUGUUUGAUCAAUUUCUGAUAAAUGAGGCGUUGGAUAUUAUCGAAGCUUCAGGUGGCUCCUUUCACUUGGUUAAAUGUCAAGUGGGUCAAAGUACAGAUGCUAUGUCUUACUCAGAACUUGAAGUUGGUGCAGAUGAUAGUGCAGUUUUGGAUAAAAUCAUUAACUCUUUAACUUCCAUUUCUACUUCAAGUGAAAAUCUUGGAUUUCUAGCCAGCGACACCAAUAUGAUAUCCCUGAAGCUCGGCAAAGUUCGUCAGGGUGGUAUCGAGGAGGAGUAUGACAUGAAGAAGAAACAUUUGGUUUUGAUUUUAGGUGCAGGCCGGGUAUGUCAACCGGCUGUUGAACUUUUGACAUCAAUUGGAAGCAUUUCAUCUCGACAAUGGUUGAAAUCAUGUAUCGAACCUGAAUUUGAAGAGCAGAAUUGUGUUGAAGUAAUUGUUGCAUCUCUUUACCUAAAGGAUGCAGAAGAGAUCAUCAAAGGCAUUCCAAAUGCAGUAGCUGUUCAGCUGGAUAUAAUGGAUCAUGGAAGUCUCUACAAGUACAUUUCACAGGUUGCUUUUGCUCUUCAUAUUUCCAAUACAGUAAAGUGUCAUAUAUGAAGGUUUUAUUUGAUGCAAAUAAUACUUUCUAUCAAAUCAAUAAAUCAGAUUACAAGAAUAUAUAUAGCUUGAGAAAACCAAAAAAAAAACCUAGACUACCCAAAAGGAAAAUAUACCUCAAUUAUAAAAAUUUAUGUACACUCUCACCAUAUAAAGAUACAAGCAAUAACCUGUGCCUGAAUGCACUUGCAACAUAAAAAAUAGGCACUCAAAAAAUCGAGCAUUAGUUCAUUCAUACAAUCCCAAACCUGCACGCAAACUUUAUACUAUUUCCGCUCCUUUAUGAACUCCAAAGUUAUUGACACACAUUAAAAAACCCAGAAUAAAAUCAAGUCAAUGAGAGAUAUGACUGAAUUUACCUGAUGCUUGCCCAAAGAGUCGUAAAUAAACUAAUAGCUAAAGAAAGCAUGCUUAACCAUGGUAAGGAUUACGUAAGGGAAAAAUAUCAGACUAACACAAUCAUAAAGAUCUAAUCAUGAAGUUGUCUAUAAAGAGGUUUGGAUCCCAGAGAGGAACAGUUGCACCUAAUUGUGAAGAGUUACUCUAUAACCUGAUCAUAGCAUAAUAAUUUUUUUGCAAAAUCAAGCAACAUCUGUUUUCUUGAGAGUACAUUAAAAAUUGCAUCCUGGAAAUUUCAUCCAAAUAGAGAGUUGAAAUUAUCG